GUCCCCCCGGGUCCAAUCGCCAAAAUCAGCCCUGUUCGGGGUCCCUCACAGCUCCUCCGGCUCAUCUUGGAGACCCUACAACGUAUGCGCCCCACAUGGUUCUUCGCCAAUCCCCUCUCUUGACGGACAUUUACGACGAAUACGGUGCCUAAAUGCUUAGCCCACGCCCCAUUUUGACGUCAAAGUAUCUCUGGUUUUCGCUCCUUACCCAAAUGAGGAUCUAUGCUGCGAAACAGGCACGACAGGGUAUCUGGAGUGCCUCGAAGCCGCUGGUUAAGAAGAUUAAAUAGCUGAACUUCCUGCUGUCCGCCGCUGCUUGUAGAGAACGACAUGCCCAGUCCAAGAGCCAUCGCACCCUCGUGUUCCUGCCGACCCCUGCCAAAGUUGUCACCAUGUUGCGUGCCAUGGGCCCCUUCUCUGCCGUGACCAUCCUCUCCCUCUGUUCUGUCCUCUCCCUCUCCCCAAUUGCCAUCGUCUCGGCCCAUGAUCAUCGUUCGUCCCCAGCCUGCAAGGCCGUCCCAGGCACUCCCGACUGGCCAUCUGACUCGACCUGGGCCCGUCUCAAUGAGUCAACUGGGGGACGACUGCUGCGACCGUCUCCUCCAGGAGCUGUCUGCCACCCCGACCAGCCAACAUACGACGCCGCAGAAUGCUCUCGCAUCCACUCGGCCUGGUCUACCUACGAGUUUCACCAGAAUGACCCGGUCUCCAGCCAGUGGAACCAGUACAACAAUGACACCUGUCUUCCUGAACCAAGUUAUCCGUGCAGCGGUCAAGGAUAUCCUGUCUUCGUCAUAAAUGCUACCUCUGCCGAGCAUGUGAAGCUAGGGGUCGACUUCGCGAGGAAGCACAACGUUAGACUGGUAGUGAAGAGCAGCGGCCAUGACUUUAUCGGCCGAUCCGUGGCGCCCAACUCGCUGUCCAUCUGGGUCCACCAUCUGAAAGGCAUGAAGGCGCACACUUCAUUCCGGCCAAAGUGCUGCAAUGCCAAGAUCGAUGGCCCAUCCGUCACCGUCGGGGGCGGUGAGCAGAUGUUUGAUAUCUACAAGUACCUAGACACCCUCAACCAGACAGCCGUAGGAGGCGGAGGCAAGACCGUCAGCGUGGGCGGCUAUGUCACGGGCGGUGGUCACUCUCUCCUGAGCGCCCGCUACGGCCUUGCGACGGACCAGGUGCUCGAGAUGGAGGUGGUGACUCCCCAGGGCGAGAUCGUCAUCGCCAACGAGUGCAAGAACAAGGAUCUGUUCUGGGCGAUGCGCGGGGGCGGGGGCUCCACCUUCGGCAUCAUGACCUCGGUGACUUUCAAGACGCACCCCACGCCGCCACUGACUGCCAUCCAGCUGGUGGUCGCGAGCUACAACACCAGCAGCCCGUCGGUCUUCCCGGCCCUCGCCUACAUCAUCAGCCACUACCCGUCUCUCGGCGACCAGGGGCUCUCGGGGUACAGCUACCUCUUCUCGUCGUACCCGAACCCCUUCGACGGCGGCAACACGAACGUGUCGGGCUUGCUAGUCUCCUUCGUCCUGCAGGACACGCAGGACCCAGCCGCCAUCACCUCCCUCUUCGACCCAAUCACCGCCCACGUCACCGCCACCUGGCCAGACAUGGUGACCCUCGUCACCAGCGUGACCACCUUCCCGUCCUUCCUGGGCUGGUACUUGGAGAACUUCGACUCCUCCGAGUCGGGCCAGGACCUGUACGUCGGCUCUCGCCUCCUCGACGCCGACGCCCUGACGGGCGACCUGUCCGCCAGCGCCGACGCCUUCAGGCAGUUCGCCUCGGGCGGCACCGCAACCGCGUUCCUCGUCUCCGGCAAGGGCGUGCACGACGCCCGGCCCCGCGGCGGCGGCGACGCCGUCCUGCCGGCUUGGAGGAAGGCGUACGUCCAUGCGACCGUCGGCGUCGAAUUCGAACCCCUGAACGCAACAGCCAAGCAAGAAGCACAAGCCGCGAUGAACCGCCUCCUCGACCCGCUGAGGCAACUAGCCCCCGACUCGGGCGCCUACGUGAACGAGGCCGCCCCCUUCGAGCCCGACUGGCAGCACCAGUUCUGGGGCGCCCACUACGACCGCCUCUCCGCCAUCAAGCGGUCCGUUGACCCGGACGACGUGCUGUGGUGCAACCCGUGCGUCGGCAACGAGGGCUGGGAGGAGGUCGGCGAUCGGCUCUGCCGUGUGUAGGGGUGUGUGUAUAUGUCUACGCCCCUUUUUGUUGUUUUGAUUACAUUAUUCUUCUCGCUCCUUUUAUGGGGUCAUCGGCUACUCCCUGUGAUGAAAAGGGAAAGCUUGGAGUUGGACUGUUUGAUGAUAGACUGGUGUUUUAGAUAGUAUUGGCCCUGGUGGGAUUUAAUUGAACUUGGGCCAAAGGUGGGCUGAAGUAGGUUGAAGAACAUCAGCUAUCCACCGUGGGAUGAAAGUUCACUGAUGGUAUGUACUUGCGAAGUACAUAUUUUAGACUUUUAUACGGAUGAAGCCGGUGAUGAUUUGAACGGGGGUGUUGAUGCCCGAGCCCAGGAGGUGGGAUCUUG